AUGUCUGCUCCUGCAGGUGAGUUAUCCAUGGGCGAGCUCCAGGAUCCGUUCCUCGUCAGCGUCCACCUCAUCGUUGACCCCGGACAGGGAAAGUUCCUGCAGCGUGCUGCCGAUGCCGUGCUGAUGUGGGUUCACCCCGAGCUGCAGCUCUUCAGGGUCUCGGAGCGGGCGUCCACCUCCAAACAACCUUCAACAAAGCGUCAACAAAAUGGCAGUCCGUCUGCAGCCGGUCAGCCAGCUAUGGCGGUCAUCCUCUUCCUCCAGGAGAUGUACGGCAGCGAGGAGCACCUGCUGAUGCUGCACCGUGCCCUGCAGAGGCCGCCCUGGCAUUACCAUCACACUGAGAGAGUGAGCAACGGCCACCGUAUGCUUCCACUCACCCCCUGCAGUCAGGACUUUUUCACCCUGUCUCCGGGAACGCCACUCUGGGCUGUGCGGCAGAUCCACUACGGCAAGGAAAUCGUGAGGUUCACAGUUUAUUGCAGCUACGAGAAUUACGUGGACAUGGUGCGGCUGUAUAAGCUGCUGCUUCAGCGACGCGUGGCGCAGAAGAAGGAGGACUUCUGCUUCUUUGUGGUGUACUCCAACCCGGACAUGGAAAUCCAGCUGUCGUUUAAGAGGCUCCCGCGGGGCCAGAGUCCGACAGCGCUGGAGUCAGCCGUGAUGGAGGUGAGAGUAUGGGAUGUUGGAAGGCUGGUUCCCCUUCUGCCACUCCCCUGUAGUCCAAUCAGUGAGGUCCGCUGGCAGACGGAAGACUACGAUGGGAACAAGAUCCUGCUCCAGGUUCAGGGUCCGUACCCGAGACACGGACAAGAUCCCCGUCACAAAUCCUCCACGAUCACUGACCCAGCCUCGGCUCCGUCCUUCACCCGCGGCGUCACCUCCUACAGAAACCGCCGCCACAGUCAAAGGGUAGCGUCGCGUCCAAGAGGACACCAAACCUCCCACGCCUCCCUCCCUCUGGCCUGCGAGGAGCUAGAUGAGCCGGAACAGCAGCACCCGGAAACCUUCCAGUGGCGAGGGGGGCACUCCGGCUCCCACUUCUCGCUCCCCAACCUGGGCUCAGCCGUUUCCCACUCUGCCUGCUCCUCACCUGCUCCUCCUUCUAAACCUCCCACCAGGAGCUGCUCCCUCAAGAGGAGCCCCUCUCUCACGCAGCCAUUCCGGCUGAACGUGGACACUCUGAUUGGUGCAGAGGAGACAGAUGUGGACACGGGGGACAAGGUGACCAGCAGCGUGGACCUGUCGGUGGUGUCAGCGUACAUCAAAUCGAGCCUGCCGCUCACCCCUCGCCCACUGUCGGCCCCCCCAGAAGACGUCAGACCUCCUCUUUCUCCGUGCGUUCUGGAGAACACCUACAAGUCAGCCACACUGGGCCGGACUCCAAACAGCCUCUCCAUCAGGAGCUACGCUCCGUCAGGGUCGCAUCCCCAGAGCGCCAGCACGAGCGCUGCUCCGUCCUCGAGCGACGUCUCAAUAAACCUGUCGGACAGCUGCAGCGUGAUCAGCGCACCGGCUGAGAUGGACCGGCCGGACGAGGAGCAAGAGUUCUACAUUUGA